CGAUUGGUCUGGGCUGAGGGGUACCCAGAGGGAAGGACGACAGCUACAGUAAAAUCGUCCACAAUCGGGGAAAACUGGGAUAUUGAUUUUAAAUUGAAUAAUGUUACUAUUUACUCUUGACUCUCAACAACUAAGCCAGUACUUUUGACAUUCAAAAUAUGAAAGCAGGUGGAGGUGUUUAGCGCUUUUGCCCCGCCCACUCCGGAAAAGUCGACAUUAUUUUGAUUUUUAAGGUGACGUGGAGUAGGCAGUUUUACUGGACUCUCCACCACGGCAUCAUGUCUUUUUGAACACUACAAUCAAUUUAAGGGUCGAAUGUAGCCCAUGCACCAGUACUACUUUCAAUUUACGUUAGGAUAUGUUAUGGAAUAUUUUGAUUUGAUUUGGGCAGUCUUUCAGAAACACGGAUAAGAGAAAGGGACUGUCCCCAGGCCUGGAAUCCGAAAAAUACUGCGAGCAGCAUCGACAGCGAAGUCAGCGUUUCUCAUUUACCAGGGGUCGACAUGACGCCAAGAUUGGGUUUAUCUGGCCACCAGUACUCCACUGGAGUGAGGAGGUACUGCGUCUUGGCUCUUUGCCUUAUGUUCCAAAUGGGAUGGACGGCGAGCUACAAGCAAGGAGAUUCUGUGACCCUCUAUGUCAAUAAGGUCGGGCCUUACCACAAUCCCCAGGAAACGUAUCACUACUACACUUUACCUGUCUGUCGGCCUGACGAGGUGCGCCAUAAAGCCUUAAGUCUUGGAGAGGUGUUAGAUGGAGACAGGAUGGCUGAGUCACUAUACAACAUCCACUUUAGGGAGAACACCGACAGACAAACACUGUGCCAAAAAACCCUCACAGAAAAAGAGGUGGAGCAGCUGAGAGAGGCUGUGGAGGAGCUGUUUUAUUUUGAGUUUGUCCUCGAUGACAUUCCCAUCUGGGGUUUUGUGGGCUACAUGGAGGAGAGCGGUUUUCUUCCUCACAGCCAUAAGGUGGGUCUGUGGACUCAUCUAGACUUCAACAUCGAGUACAACGGUGACUCUGUGAUCUUCGCCAACGUGUCGGUGAAGGACGUCAAGCCCGUCCCCCUGGACGAGGGUGCCGGGCUGAGCCAGGGGAGCAUGGGCGGAGCGGCAGGGGGCCUGACGGUGACCCACACGUACAGUGUGCGCUGGUUCGAGAGCCCGCUACCGCACUCGCGGCGGGCAGAGCGCCUGCGGGACUACUCCUUCUUCCCCAAGACGCUGGAGAUCCACUGGCUGUCCAUCAUCAACUCGCUGGUGCUGGUGGUACUGCUGCUGGGCUUCGUCAUCAUCAUCCUCAUGCGAGUGCUGAAGAACGAUUUCGCCAGGUAUAACGUAGAGGAAGAUGGUGGUUGUGAUGACCUGGACCAAGGGGACAAUGGCUGGAAGAUUAUCCACACUGAUGUCUUCCGUUUCCCUCCUUACAAAAGUCUGUUGUGUGCCGUGCUGGGUGUCGGCGCGCAGUUUCUGACUCUAGCAACAGGAAUAAUCAUAAUGGCGUUACUGGGCAUGUUUAAUGUCCAUCGCCAUGGCGCCAUCAACUCUGCUGCCAUCGUGCUGUAUGCCCUGACGAGCUGCGUGUCGGGCUACUGCUCGUGCAGCUUCUACACGCAGAUCCACGGCCAGCGCUGGGUCUGGAACAUCAUCCUCACCUCCAGUCUCUUCUCAGCUCCUCUCUUCCUCACGUGGAGCGUGGUGAACUCUGUCCACUGGUGGAGCGGCUCCACCCAGGCGCUGCCCGCCUCCACCGUGCUGCUGUUGCUCGGCGCCUGGAUGCUCGUGGGCUUCCCGCUCACCGUCAUCGGUGGCAUCGUGGGCAAGAAUCGGGCGGGCAGCUUCCAGGCGCCCUGCCGCACCCGCAACAUCCCCCGACAGAUCCCCCAGCAGCCGUGGUACAAGCACACCGCCGUGCACAUGGCCAUCGGAGGCUUCCUGCCUUUCAGUGCCAUCUCAGUGGAGCUGUAUUACAUCUUCGCCACGGUGUGGGGCCGCGAGCACUACACGCUGUACGGCAUCCUGCUUUGCGUCUUCGCCAUCCUGCUCUCGGUGGGCGCCUGCAUCUCGGUGGCGCUCACCUACUUCCUGCUAUCGGGUGAGGACUACCGCUGGUGGUGGCGCAGCGUGCUCAGCACGGGCUCCACGGGCAUCUUCAUCUUCGUCUACUCCGUCUUCUACUACCGAAACCGCUCGAGCAUGAGCGGCGCCGUGCAGAGUGUGGAGUUCUUCGGCUACUCGCUGCUCACCGCGAUGGUCUUCUCCCUCAUGCUGGGCACCGUCUCCUUCUUGGCCUCGCUUGCCUUCAUACGCUACAUCUACCGGAGCCUUAAGAUGGACUGACGUUUUAGUGUUUGCGCCAACGGGCAGCUUUAGGGCAUGGCUAACAGCGCACACACACAUAUACACACACACAGACACCUACUCAGCCACCUACUCAGCCAACACACACAUCCUAAAUAUUCAUAUGAAGCCCCACCUUUCCAAAGGGCCCCAUGGUAAGCAGGUUGGAUGGGGAGGAGUUGUGUGUGGACGCUAAGAAGAGUAUUCUGUGAUAGCUGGCUUUGCCAACUCCAGCUGAUUGUUGAGUUAUGCCUACCUGAGCUGUUGUUUUUUUUUGUUGUUUUUUUAUUUCUCCUUUUUAAGUUUUUGGUAGGUUUUUAUGUUAAAUUGAGCUGUCACAGCAGGCGUCCAUGUGUUGCUCUCUCAAAGGACUUUUCAUUGAAAGAAGAAGGGACACCCAAAAAACUUGUUGGGGCGGUACUGCAGAACUGACUCACUUAUAGAGCCCAAUAAAGUCUCAAGUUGUUUGUAGUUAAGUAACUUUAGAAAAUGAAGAAAAAAAGAAAAAACCACAGGUGUCUUUGAUGGCUGCCAUGGAGCUAGAAGUACUCCGUGGAACCAGGGAGAAAUUUGAAGCUGAGGCCUUCACUCAUACAAAGGUUGACAGGGGAACCGUGUACCAGGACCAAUCUGAGUUUAAAAGGGAUGAAGGAUGGUUGCUGAAGUCUGGAGUGACAAAGUUGUGGUGGUUUUGUCAGGGGAGUACAGCCUCUGUGCAAAAGUGUGAAUGAAAGUGCAAUACCCAUGUGUGGAUUGAUGAGAUUGUGUUUGAAGUGGACAUGUUGAGCACGCACACAGAUCACAUGUGUUUUUCUUAAUGGUCAAGGGAGCAAUACCAUGUACUAGUCACCAUCAACUGUGAUUUCAGUUAAGUUGUAAAUAUACAAUGUUUUCAAUAAUAAAUCCCACAUCUUUUUAUUAUAAAAA